GGCUCCCGGGGGGAAAUGUGCUGUGCUGAGUCCCACCUCACAAAAACAGAUUAUCUGCAUCUGGCCCGUAGUCCCAGCUACAGCCCAGCAGCGAGGGUCUCUUCUCAGCGUGAGCUAAGAAGCGCUUCCAAAUUCCAAGCAUGUGUCUAUUUUGCAUCUGUCUUUCAAGCUAUCUCAUGUGGCAUUCAUUACUUGGCUUCCGUAUUCAUGGCUGUUACACCUAAAUUUGUAUGCAGUGUCCCUGGAAAUGUGACUAGUAUACUGUUCAGCAAUUCCUCUAGUUCAAGAAUAGAGGAUAUUUGGACACUGUGGACAUCAACAAAAAAUUACAUUGUGGUCCAGCUGGAAAAUGGAGAAAUUUGGGAACUUGAUCAGUGCAGCAGGUCCAAGCGGGAGGGCAGUUUGUAUCCUGCAUAUGAAUAUAGUGGCAACAAGUCUGUUUUUUCUUGUUCUGAUGGAUAUAUCUAUGAUCAAACAAAAUGGAAGAGCACCAUUGUUACAGAAUGGGAUUUGGUCUGUCACCGGGAAUGGCUUGCAAAAUUAACUCAGCCCACAUUCAUGCUUGGAGUCCUGUUUGGAGCAGUGAUUUUUGGAGAUAUGGCUGACAGAGUGGGAAGACGGUAUAUAAUGUGGUUCACAAGCACUGGUCAGUUUUUAUUUGGCAUUGCAGUGGCGUUCACAUUUGACUACUACAGCUUUGUGAUCAUACGUUUUCUCCUUGCUAUGGUUUCAAGUGGCUAUCUGGUUGUGGUUUUUGUUUAUGUGACAGAAUAUGUUGGCAUUAAAGCUCGAACAUGGGCAUCCAUGCAUGUCCAUGCUUUUUUUGCUGUGGGAAUCAUGGCUGUGGCACUGGUGGGAUUUUUGGUGCGGACCUGGUGGAUCUAUCAGAUAUUCCUUUCCGUAACAACUCUCCCCUUUGUCUUGUGCUGCUGGCUGCUCCCAGAGACACCUUUCUGGCUACUGUCAGAGGGAAGAUACGAAGAAGCACAAAAAGUAGUUAAUAUAAUGGCAAGGUGGAAUAAAGUAAGCACUCCUUGUAAAAUUUCUGAACUAUGUUCAGUCCAACAAGAUGAUCUAGUCUGUUACAGAACAGGUGGUAAUGACAUUUCUACAGCGAAGAAGCACAGCAUCUUAGAUCUGUUUUAUAACUGGCACAUUGCAAGAAGGACCAUUACAGUCUGGCUGAUUUGGUUCACUGGGAGUCUAGGAUACUAUGUAUUCUCCCUGAGUUCCGUCAAUCUUGGAGGCAAUGAAUAUUUAAAUCUAUUUCUCAUAGGUGCCGUGGAGCUUCCUGCAUAUGUCGUUGCUUGCAUUGGGAUGGACAAACUGGGAAGGAGAAACACAUUGACUCCAUUUCUUAUAUCAAGUGCAGUGAUCUGUGCUUUGAUAAUGCUGAUCCCUCAGGAUUUCAGUAUAUUAUCUGUCUUAGCAAAUAUGGCUGGAAAGUUUGCAAUUGGCGUUGCAUUUGGCCUCAUUUACCUUUACACGGCAGAACUGUAUCCAACAGUUGUACGGUCACUUGCUGUAGGAAGUGGGAGCAUGAUGUGUCGUGUAGGGAGCAUAGUUGCUCCUUUUUGUGUUUACCUGACUAGUGUAUGGAUCUUCAUGCCACAGUUGCUUGUUGGAAUCAUGGCCUUUCUGAGUGGAAUGCUAACAUUAAUGCUCCCAGAAACUCUUGGAAAACCAUUGACUAAUACUUUGGCGGAAGCUGCAGAACUGGGAACAAACAAGAACAGCUGUUUGGGAAAAUCACCCCCAGCACAGAGUGGUGCAGUGUUAGAAAAGCUAGAGAUGCAUAGCCAAGAGUCACACGGCACUGAUGAAUAAAGCAACAUCAAGAUUGCUGUCACCAGUUUUAAUCCUCAUUAAUUCUAUAAAACCAUUUGAUUAGAGCAACCUGACCAUGUUUUUAAUGCACGCGUUUCUUAAUUUGUAUGCAAUCUUGCCUUUUCUAAAGGGCAAAUAUUAAAAGGGCUGGUAGAAAAUUUGAAAGGAUUUUUAGAACCAUUCUCAAACUUAAUCAUACUUUUAUAAAUCUGGUUCGUUUGCUUUGACUAGUUGGAGUGAUUAUUGUUCAUUUGGAAGAGACCAGAUUCAUAUAAUAUUUCCUUUCACUGCUUUAGAUUUUCUGCAGCUGUGCUGGUAAUCUCAUCAUGAAAUCCCCUGUCAAUAAUUGCCAUAUUACAACUGACAGACACAGACUUGUGACUUAUUAACAUGGUAAACUCAAGCACACACUACUAAUUCAACAGAAAAGGCUCUUAAUUACUGUGAGAGGUUAAACAGAAAUAAAGAUUUCUGUUUUUUACACUUUCUUCUGGAGAGACUGCCAUUGCUAAAAAUGAAAAUAUUCUGUGCAACAGCUUCUGACAAAAAAAUCAUUUUCAAUUUGCAGAAUGUGCAAAUAGUAUGAAUACUGUUCAUUUUGUUUAAUGUCAAAUGUAUUUUUUGUUAUUGAUUUAGAGAGAGAACUGCUUUGGGACUCUGUUGCAAUAUCAGUAAAGUCUGUGUAUACAGAUAAAAUCUGGUAUUUUUGAAAACCGUAUUCAUUCCAGACUGUUACAUUAAAUGGUCAUUUCUGUGCAGACCUAUCAUCAGUUUCUUUAUAUCAUCCUAGGUUAAAACCAACCUCCGUGCAAAGCAUCCACACAAGGCUUAUGUAUCUUUAGUGCUCAAAAUAGGAUUUAAGUAGAACUUAAGUAGUGCAUAGGCCUUGUGCAGGGCUGGGCACUUAGGCUCAGAUCCUCAAAAGUAUUUAGGUGCCUGAUUCCAAUAGGAGUCAGGUGCCUAAAUACCUUUGAGGAGCUUGGCCUUAGUGAUAUAUACUAAGUGAUAUAUAACUGCUAGCAUCAAAAUGUUGUUUUUCUCAUGGACCAUCUAUUUGUAGUUCCAUUUAUUCAACACUAUACAGCACCAAAUGCUAAAAAAAUUGAAUUUUGGUGGAAGAAACUUAUCAACCGUUAGAAAUGGAUGUAACAGUCACCAAUUCCUGCAGAAGCCUGUGAACCAUCCAGAGCUGGUGCUAGCCCAUUGGGAGCCCUAAGUAGAAAUAUUUUUGCUCCCCCCCCCACACACACACUAAGACAGGCAAGUUCUUAUAAUAAAAAGUGAUGGGGGGCCCCCAUUGAGUUGCUUGGGGCCCUAUGCAAUUGCUUAGUCUAUUUAUGCCUAGCACCGGCUCUGAAACAUCUCCCUGCUAUAUCACUCGUGCUGAUACACAUGAGUGAUGGAGACUGUAGAAAACACUAACAGGGAUAGAUUGAGGACAUCAUUUCACUCUAGCUGCUAUUUUUAUAAUUUUCUAUCCCAGCCCUCCCGUUUUAGUUUACCUCUAGAGCUAGCAAUUUCUUCCAUACCUACGCAGCCUUCUGUAUUGUGCAUAAAAAGUGUACAUGCUAUGCCAGUAAUGGUUUGGACUCUGCUCCUGGUUACAUCUGUACAGCUCCUCUGACUUCAGUGAGUUCUGAAAGCAGAAUAUGAUUCAAUAUCUCUAUGCCUCUCUAACAGGAAACAAAGCAUCUCUCUUUAGUUACAGCACUGUCCUGGAAUUCAAAGUAUAGAAUCAUAGAAGAUUAGGGUUGGAAGAGACCUCAGGAGGUCAUCUAGUCCAAACCCCUGCUCAAAGCAGGACCAACACCCACUAAAUCAUCCCAGCCAGGGCUUUGUCAAGAUGGGUCUUAAAAACUUCUAAGGAUGGAGAUUCCACCACCUCGCUAGGUAACCCAUUCCAGUGCUUCACCACCUUCCUAGUGAAAUAGUGUUUCCUAAUAUCCGACCUAGACCUCCAGCACUGCAAUUUGAGAUAGUUGAAGGCUGCUAUCAAAUCCCCCUUCAGUCUUCUCUUCUGCAGACUAAACAAGCCCAAUUCCCUCAGCCUUUCCCCUUUAUGGGGUGUUUUAUAGUGCAGGAGUUGAAACAGCAUGAUAUAAUUCUAACAGGGAAGUAAAUUGAUAUUUUCUGAUAUUACAGCUGUCAGUGCCACUGUUAAUUAAAAGUUUAGGUUGUUACACAUUGUCAAAUGCUGUCUUGGAAUACAUGGUCCACUGUAUAAUGACAUCUUGAGGACUAAGUACUAAAGCUACUCCUUGAUCCUGACCAUAUAUGGAACAUUACAAUACACUUCUAACAAGCUAUUAGAACAAAACUAAAGUUAAUUCCAGGACUAAGGUGACUACAUGAAAAAUUAAUUUAGGUCUGCUCCAAUCAAAGUCAGUGAAUGGCAUAAGUUCUAUUAACUUAAGUGAUUCAGGACCAGACCCUUGUUCAAAAUCUGUAAAAUAAAGAAGGAAAUUAAACGCAGUAGUUAAAUUCCCAAAAUUGUUUAAACAUUUCCAUUGCUAUUACUGGAAAGCUGGGUAAUUCAUUAGGGGCUGCAAUUUUAAUGCUAAUUGCAACAGAAAAUGCACCCUGGUGUCAAAAUACUAGUACUAGUAUCAAGAUGGGAAGGUCAGAACUUUAGUAAGGAGCACAGACAACAGAAUGAUAGUUCUAGAUAUAUUUUUACGUAAGAAAUUUAAGCAUUUCAUGGAUGUAAAUACUGUACACCAAAACAACCUCAGAAAAAUGCAGGGACUCAAUCAGCCUAGGAGAUGAGCAUGAGCAACUUCCAUUGAAAUCAAUAGGAGUUGUGCAUGGACAUCUCCCAUGGAUGAUGGGACCCCAGAACUUGUCUUAAAAGAGCUGGAGGAAUCUCCUGUUGUUCCCUGUGUCUUUGGCUGCAACUCUCAUCUUCCUAUCUUGACAGGCUGACAGUGUGGUUGCUUCCUGCUUCACUAUUUCAUAUUUAUAUCAUGUACAAGGUCCAAUACACUUUAACAAAGUAAUCAAUUAUUAGUGAUUUUGAGACAACUCCUGGUCCCACUGAAGUCAAAGAGAGUUUUGUCUUUGAUCUAACAGAAACAGAAUUUUGCCCCAAAGGUCCGAGGAACCAUGUUGAGAUGAAGACCAGAGGAUUAGUUAUUGAAUGGAGAAGAGUUGGCUUUCUAAGAUAAAUCAUACACCUUGAGACUUGAGGUGCAGUUGAGUACUCUUUUCUUUCAACUGAAGAAAAAUGUCAAUUGUUUAGUAAAAUAUUUCAUUUUUUCAAAUAGGGAAACCACAGCUGUUUAUGUACCUCCCUGUUUGUAGCAUUUCCGAAAGUUUUUGUGUUUAGCAAGGAUUGUACUACUGACAAAAGUAUGUUUGACACUAGUAUUACAUUAUAAAUAUUACAUAGCAUAAAUAUGGAGAGAGUUUCUCUCUCAAACAUUUUUUCAAAGGAUCUGGACCUUCUUUAAAGAGAGCCUUGAUUUUGAGAAUAAUCAUUGCUAAUCCUUUGGGGGCAUAUUUUCCUCUCAAUGCUCAUGAAAAAAAAUCCCAUUAACAGUUUCUCUUAUUUUCUCCUUAACCUUGACAGUGGGUCUUACUAAUUAAUGGUUCUGACUGUUCCUGAUGAUUUAUAACCUAUUUCCUUUUAAUUGUGGUUCAUCAUGAUUGUCAGUCAUUUUGGCUGUAACAUGUUUACAUCUUAAAAUUGAUAUCACAUUGUAUCAUAUAACAGUGAGUGUUAUCAGACUAAUACUUCCUGGGUGAAUGAGUGCAAUGAUUAACAUUUAUUGAAUUCUAACUGAAGAAAAAUAAUAAGGUAAUAUGCUUGAUAUUUUAAAUCAAAUGCAUUUUUAAAAGCUUUAAGAUGUAUUUUCUAAUUUAAUGUCUGACUUUAAUGUCUUUUUAUACAUUUUGAUAGUUUAAAUCUAGUAUGGGAAAAAUAGCUAUGCAAACUACGUACACUAUGGGCUAAGUCCAGUGGGCUGUGCACUGAACAUGUCAAUAGCAGACAGAAUCUCCCCCUGACCUUGUUGUGUAGCUUGUACACAGAGACUGAAGAAGGCCCAUAUUCCCAACUCGGGGGUGGGUUGGACUAGAGGAUUCUCUGGCCUUGCCCUGCUGCUUCCUCAGCUUAUGCCCACUUAUCCCCUGUAUUCUGUCAUGCAGGGACCCUCGACAGGGUUUGGCUUUGCACCAUCUCUGGGCUAUUAACCCAUUUUUAUGGCCUUCCAAAAUCCAGCCUCACCUUGUACAGCAGAUCUAUAGUGCUAGAGGCCUCUGUGGAUACUGGAUUUGUCCUAUGUAUGUGUCAAAUGAACUUCUAAGAUACUUGCCUAGAUCUCAUAACAAGUAUAAAGGAUAGAAAAGUUUAAAAGACUAGUUAUGAAUUAAACAAUAAUAAGGUUAUCUGUGAUAUCAAGAGAAGUUCCUGUUGUACGCAAUAAAACAACACCCAUAUUGUUGAAUCACUCAUGAAAAAAGGUUAAGGGAAAUCUAUAUAUGGUAGUUAUCCUUGCAGUUGGUUUGUGAUACCAGUUUCUAUAUACCAGGCAAUUUAUCCGUUUUGAUAAUAGUUGAGGGACAUAUAUACUGUUCUAACUGACCUUGUCUACUGUGUUAAAUGCAGCAUACAUGAAUUUAAUACAAUAUGCAUUAUCAGGGCAAUGGAAUUUUGUUUUUCCAUGUAUGUAUUUAUCAUCUCAAAGUAAGUAGAACAAUAAAGUGGAAUAUGCAUUUAA